CUAUAAAAACUGUUGUCACGACUGAAGCCAGUCACACUGCGUCAAGAUGAAGGCGCGGGUCGUCAUUCACUUCCUGUGCUUUGCCUUGGCCGCAACAAUAUGUGCUGGGCAGUCUACGAACUUGGGUAUUCCAGACCUGCCUGGCAACUGGACAGGAAAUGGAACAGAUAUCCCUGAACCACCUGGUAACUGGACAGGAAAUGGAACAGACAUUCCAGAACCGCCUGGUAACUGGACAGGAAAUGGAACAGAUAUCCCUGAACCUCCAGGCAACUGGACAGGAAAUGGAACUGAUAUUCCAGAACCGCCAGGUAACUGGACAGGAAAUGGCACAGACAUUCCAGAACCGCCAGGCAAUUGGACAGGAAAUGGAACUGAUAUUCCAGAACCACCUGGUAAUUGGACAGGAAAUGGAACAGAUAUCCCUGAACCACCUGGUAACUGGACAGGAAAUGGGACAGAUAUCCCUGAACCGCCAGGUAACUGGACAGGCAAUGGUACAGACAUUCCAGAACCACCUGGUAACUGGACAGGGAAUGGAACAGAUAUCCCUGAACCACCUGGUAACUGGACAGGGAAUGGAACAGAUAUCCCUGAACCACCAGGUAACUGGACAGGAAAUGGAACAGACAUCCCAGAACCCCCAGGUAAUUGGACAGGAAAUGGGACAGAUAUCCCUGAACCUCCAGGUAACUGGACAGGCAAUGGUACAGACAUUCCAGAGCCACCUGGUAAUUGGACAGGAAAUGGAACAGAUAUCCCAGAACCCCCAGGUAACUGGACAGGAAAUGGAACAGAUAUCCCUGAACCACCUGGUAACUGGACAGGAAAUGGAACAGACAUUCCAGAACCACCUGGUAACUGGACAGGAAAUGGAACAGAUAUCCCUGAACCUCCAGGCAACUGGACAGGAAAUGGAACUGAUAUUCCAGAACCACCUGGUAAUUGGACAGGAAAUGGAACAGAUAUCCCUGAACCACCUGGUAACUGGACAGGAAAUGGGACAGAUAUCCCUGAACCACCUGGUAACUGGACAGGGAAUGGAACAGAUAUCCCUGAACCACCAGGUAACUGGACAGGCAAUGGUACAGACAUUCCAGAACCACCUGGUAACUGGACAGGGAAUGGAACAGAUAUCCCUGAACCACCUGGUAACUGGACAGGCAAUGGUACAGACAUUCCAGAACCACCUGGUAACUGGACAGGAAAUGGAACAGAUAUCCCAGAACCACCAGGUAAUUGGACUGGAAAUGGAACAGGUUUGCCACUACAAUCUGGCAACAUGGCUAGUAGCACAUCUGGUAUGCCUUCUGGGCCAUCUAACUCUGUGGGAAGUGAAACGAAUAAACCAGGUUCUUUUGAGUCACAGCAAGAGUUUCCUCCCAGUCUUAAUAUGCCAUGGAAUAAUCUUUUGCCUCACAGAAUAGAAAAUCUUCCUGCCUUCAAUCCUGGACUGAACCCAAUAUUUAAUUUUCUUCGUACUAUACAACACCUGAAUAACAGACGUCCCUUCUUUGUAAUAUAGAAUGCAAUGAUUUUAUUGCCGUUAGUACGUGUAUCUUCUCUGUAGUGCAUAGGAAUAAAUACUGGAUUCAGUGUUCAAGUUUGGUUGUUUAUUGCCUUUAUUGUCUCUUGACCAACACUUAGUCUCAUGAUAUUUUCCUCCCAAGUAUCCUUUCUUCAUGAAUUAGUUACUGGUCUCUCACACUAACAUUUCAGUAAAAUGUGUCUCAGUGAAUUUUCAUUUCUUUCUGUUGUUUGACCAAAAAUUGUCCAUGGCAUGAAGAGGGACUAAAUUCAUUCCUGCAAUUACUGCAAAAGGACAUAUUAUGCCCUUUAUGUUGUUUGGGGAUUUUGGAAGUUUAUCAGCUACGAAUGAAGCGAUAUUACUUUUGGAAAAUAUGUACAGAACUCUUUGUUUUUAUUUUCGAUUCAAUAUUCACAAUAAAAUAUGUGUAAUAAGUAUUGUACGAGUAUUACUCUACUGUUCUGGCCUUGAGAUCAGUGGCAGUAUGAACCAACUCCAAGGAACGACUGGUAAUAAAAUCGUUGUUUAGUUGUCUUUUUUA